AUGAAGUUCCUUAGAAUACAAAGGAAAAGAAAAAGACAAAACAAUUUUGCAACGUAUAUGUAUUUCAUUAAUCGAUUGUUGAGAACUCUCGAUACCUUUACUAUCAAUAUAAAUCGAUAUGCAGUCGAUAUGUUAGAAACGGCAGAACGCCCUAAUUUGAUACCUUUUCAGGAUACUCAGUACAGUUGGACGGAUGAUUUGCCAGUAUGUAAACAAUCUGGAGUAGGAUUCUCUACGAAUCAAAUUUAUCGCGAGGAUGGAUAUAGGCAAGAGGAACAUCCAUUUGAAGAUCGUAGUUUUCAUUGCCGCUAUGAUGAUUCAACAUUUCUUUAUGGAGUAUUUGAUGGCCAUGAAGGCACAAAAGUAGCAAAUUUUGCUAUGCAGCGAAUGGCUGCAGAGAUUUUACUUGGGCAACUAAAUGGUAAAUCAACUGAUGAAGAAGUUAAAGAAGUUCUUAGACAGGCAUUUAUAGCUGUGGAAAAAGGAUAUUUAGAUUCAAUUGGAGAUCUCUUGGCUGAGAGAACCAGUUUGCAAUUUGAUAUACCAGAUGGACUAAAUUCUUAUGAAACAUAUCAAAAGUUUCCUCACUUGGUUAGUUAAAUAUAUUAAUAUCGUGGAAGAUUAUAUGUUGCAAAUGUUGGUGACAGUAGAGCUUUGUUAUGCAAAACAGACUCUAAUCAAGUGUUAAGAGUUGUACAACUAAGUGUAGAUCAUGACUUAAGGAAUGAAGAUGAACUGUUAAGAUUAUCUCACUUAGGAUUGGAUAUUGAUUCUAUAAGACAAGGAUCUCGUCUUGGAAAUCAAGAAACUACACGUUGCCUUGGAAACUAUCUUAUCAAAGGAGGAUACAGGGAAUUUGAAGAAUUAACAUCUGCUACAGCAGAACCUGUCAUUGCUGAACCAGAAAUUCAUGGUGGGAUACAACUUGAUGAUUCUUGCAAGUUCAUAUUGCUUAUGUCUCGUGGGCUUUAUAAAUCAUUGGAGGAAGUAACUGGAGUUGAUCAAGUUAAUAUAAAAUUAAUUAAUUUUGCAGUUCAGGAGUUUCAAGUGCAGUCUACUUUAACAGGAGUUGCUCAAGCUGUUGUAGAUAAAGUUGUAAGAAUUCAUCAUGAUAUUAACAUGAGUAACUUACAAAGUACAGUAACUACUGGUAAACGAGAUGAUAUAACUUUACUUGUGCGGAACUUCAAUUUUCCACUUCCACAUGCAUUAAAAAGUCCAACUAAUCAAUCGGUUAGAUUUAACCCGAUUGUAGAAUCUGCUCCAAUAAUAACAAUGUCAGAAAAUGACUAUUCAAAUACAGGUAUUACGGAAGAAAAUUCCGAUUUAUCAACAACAGAAACUUCAUCAACAUCAGACAUGUAUCCUCCUGGUGCAAGACCAAUAAAUAGAAAUACUAGAAUUAAGCCUUACGUUAAUUUUUCUGAAUACUACGAAAACGUUGAAAAGAGACGACGAGAAGGAACAUUACCAGAAGGUAUAAAUUUUUAA